AUGGCCUGUGAUUGCAAGUGUGGGCAGGUGCUGCAGGCUGAGCUUGCCGAGCUCAAGCAGCGACGACAAGAGCUGCGCGAGGCCUUCAAAGCUAACAAAGCACACAUGAAGGCCGCGCAGAAGCGAAAGGCCAAGUUGGUCAAGGCAGCUCGUCAACUUUCGGUGUCGGACUUGCAGAACUUGCUCGGAUCGAUGACGGCCGAGCGCACUGAGUGAGUGAAAACAACAAAAGCUGUCCAGGCUGCAAGAAAGUUGGCGCAGUGGCUUGCGAGGCCGUUGAGUAGCCAGAAAUGAGAUGCCUCAAGUUUCACUAGUUGCUGUCAGGUUGGAUUGCAACAGAGCUCUUGGAAGGUCUCACAGAAAUUGAUGAAACGUGUUAAACACGUGGUCGCUUUAAGAGCUUCACUUGCCAUGUGAGAAAA